AUGCCAGCUUUGUUGCUGCAGCCCCUUGCAACACAAUGGAACACGGAUGCGGCUGGCGCUGCGCUCCCGACGGAGCCGACGGCCAACGAGAUUACAACCGCUGCAGACAACCAAUACGAGAACUCUGACUCUGUCCUUGGCAACCUCUUGGAGCUUCUCGACCUCAGUGAGUUGCAAUCGGCUGCUGCCAUUGAAACUCGCUUCAGUCAGAUAGCCUCCGAAUUGCUUCAUAAUUAUCGAGUAGAAAUCCAAAGCUCCGUAGGCACAGAGCACUUGGAGAUCUUGGAGGCUGAGUUCUACCUUUGGAAGACUGGGUGCCACGAAGACCCGUUUACUCACGCCAGUCCGGAACAGAGCCAACGCGGACGAUGGUACUUCCACAGGCCGCCCACUCGGGGAGCCUCAGGCGAGCUUGCGAUGGCAACAACCGUAACGCACGCCGGGUACCGAGGCGGCACACGCAAAGGCGUCGACGUCACUCUCGGACGCGCGCCGCCUGCUGUCGCCUCGAAGUACUUCCCCCACAAAACUCAGGCUUCCAGCUCUGGAGCGAAGUUGGAAAAGAGCGCCGAUAUCGUCCGCGGCGGCGCCCUCCUGCGAUCCGUCAAACGAGUCAGCGACGGGAAGGUCAUCUCAGGGCCGUCCCUCCUCGUCGACGAAGUUCUCCGUCUGAGCGGUGCGAAAGAGAUCGCGGAGCUCGUCACCGUCAACUGGAACGGCGAUAUCUCUGCCUUCCCCCACUCUGACCCAACAGAACAUCCCGGUCAGCUGUCCACCUCAUCCACACCAACACGCAUCUCGACGAUGUCACACAAGAGCGAUAAAGACGCGGUCGUCGACGGCAAGCUGCGCAUCUUCCGCUCCCCACGCAUCGGCCUCGACAUCUCGCACCCCUCUAUCCUUCUGCCCGCCUCUAAGUCCCCUUCUUCCUCUGUAGCUGCGCUCAAUCACCCGCGCGUUAAGUUCAUCGCUCAGCCAUAUCGCUUCUUCGUCUCGCCCUACCUCCUGACUGCCAAUGGGCGUGGGCAGACAUUCGUAGGAGUGUACGACGCCCUGGUCGCUCGGGGCCACUGCGAGAACGACAAGGAGCUUCUGGGAGAGAUUGUUCGCCUGACCGGGGUGAAGGGUCCUACUGCGACCAAGUACCUUGCUGAGCUACGGAAGGGGUUAGCAGAGGGCGAGCUGACUGAGUGGGUCGGGCCAAAGGGGAAGAUUGUAACGUCAUCGAUCACAGCGUGGUUGAGGAUGAUCGGAACCUUGCGAAGGCUGACAUCGGCGACAAGUACGGAGCAGAAAGGAGAUAGUGGGAGUUCUGGGUAA